AUGGAAGCGGCGCCGCCCCGGGCCCCGCCGCCGCCGCCGCUGCUGCUGUUGGCGCUGUGCUGCAGCCUGGCCCCGGCCGCGGCCUCGCCACUCCUCCUCUUUGCCAAUCGCCGGGAUGUGCGGCUGGUGGACGCUGGCGGCGUGAAGCUGGAGUCCAUCAUCGUGGCCAGCGGCCUGGAGGAUGCGGCCGCUGUGGACUUCCAGUUCUCCAAGGGCGCCGUGUACUGGACGGACGUGAGCGAGGAGGCCAUCAAGCAGACCUACCUGAACCAGAGCGGGGCGGCCGCCCAGAGCGUUGUCAUCUCUGGCCUCGUCUCGCCCGAUGGGCUGGCCUGUGACUGGGUGGGCAAGAAGCUGUACUGGACGGACUCGGAGACCAACCGCAUCGAGGUGGCCAACCUCAACGGCACGUCCCGCAAGGUGCUCUUCUGGGAAGACUUGGACCAGCCGAGGGCCAUCGCCCUGGACCCUGCUCAUGGAUACAUGUACUGGACAGACUGGGGAGAGACGCCCCGGAUCGAGCGGGCGGGGAUGGAUGGCAGUUCCCGGAAGAUCAUCGUGGACUCUGACAUUUACUGGCCCAAUGGGCUGACCAUCGACCUGGAGGAGCAGAAGCUGUACUGGGCUGAUGCCAAGCUCAGCUUCAUCCACUGUGCCAACCUGGAUGGUUCCUUUCGGCAGAAGGUGGUGGAGGGCAGCCUGACUCACCCUUUCGCCCUGACGCUGUCCGGGGACACACUCUACUGGACGGACUGGCAGACCCGUUCCAUCCACGCCUGCAACAAGAGGACGGGGGAGAAGCGGGAGGAGAUCCUCGGUGCCCUCUACUCACCCAUGGACAUCCAGGUGCUCAGCCAAGAGCGGCAGCCUCCCCUCCACACGCCCUGCGAGGAGGACAAUGGCGGCUGCUCCCACCUGUGCCUGCUGUCCCCGAGGGAGCCAUUUUACGCCUGUGCCUGCCCCACGGGUGUGCAGCUCCAGGACAACGGCAAGACGUGUAAGGCAGGGGCUGAGGAGGUGCUGCUGCUAGCCCGGCGGACAGACCUACGGAGAAUCUCCCUGGACACGCCAGACUUCACAGACAUUGUGCUGCAGGUGGAGGGAAUCCGGCAUGCCAUCGCCAUUGACUACGACCCCCUGGAGGGCUACGUGUACUGGACAGACGACGAGGUCCGAGCCAUCCGCAGAGCGUACCUGGAUGGGUCGGGGGCACAGACGUUGGUCAACACCGAGAUCAAUGACCCUGAUGGCAUUGCGGUGGACUGGGUGGCUCGUAACCUCUACUGGACUGACACGGGCACCAACCGCAUUGAGGUGACGCGCCUCAAUGGCACCUCUCGCAAGAUCCUGGUGUCUGAGGACCUGGACGAGCCCCGGGCCAUUGUAUUGCACCCUGUGAUGGGCCUCAUGUACUGGACAGAUUGGGGUGAGAACCCCAAAAUCGAGUGUGCCAACCUAGAUGGGCGGGAGCGGCGCAUCCUGGUGAACACCUCCCUUGGAUGGCCCAAUGGGCUGGCCCUGGACAUGCAGGAGGGCAAGCUGUACUGGGGGGAUGCCAAGACAGACAAAAUCGAGGUGAUCAAUGUGGACGGGACGAAGAGGCAGACUCUGCUAGAGGACAAGCUGCCGCACAUUUUCGGGUUCACGCUGCUGGGGGACUUCAUCUACUGGACGGACUGGCAGCGGCGCAGCAUUGAGCGGGUGCACAAGGUCAAAGCCGUCCGGGACGUCAUCAUCGAUCAGCUGCCCGACCUGAUGGGGCUCAAAGCUGUGAAUGUGGCCAAGGUCAUUGGAACCAACCCCUGUGCGGACAGGAACGGCGGGUGCAGCCACCUGUGCUUCUUUACGCCCCACGCCACCAAGUGCGGCUGUCCCAUGGGCCUGGAGCUGUUGAGUGACAUGAAGACCUGCAUUGUCCCUGAGGCCUUCCUGGUAUUCACCAGCCGAGCCGCCAUCCACAGGAUUUCCCUGGAGACCAACAACAACGACGUGGCCAUCCCCCUCACAGGUGUCAAGGAGGCCUCUGCACUGGACUUCGACGUGUCCAACAACCACAUCUACUGGACGGAUGUCAGCCUCAAGACCAUCAGUCGAGCCUUCAUGAACGGCAGCUCAGUGGAGCACGUGAUCGAGUUUGGCCUUGACUACCCUGAAGGCAUGGCUGUCGACUGGAUGGGCAAGAACCUCUACUGGGCCGACACAGGGACAAACAGGAUUGAAGUGGCCCGUCUGGAUGGGCAGUUCCGGCAGGUGCUUGUGUGGAGGGAUUUGGACAACCCCAGGUCCCUGGCCCUGGACCCCACUAAAGGCUACAUCUACUGGACAGAGUGGGGCGGCAAGCCCAGGAUCGUGAGAGCCUUCAUGGAUGGGACCAAUUGCAUGACGCUGGUGGACAAGGUGGGCCGGGCCAACGACCUCACCAUUGAUUAUGCUGACCAGCGUCUGUAUUGGACGGACCUGGACACCAACAUGAUUGAGUCGUCUAACAUGCUGGGGCAGGAGCGCGUGGUGAUUGCUGACGACCUUCCACACCCCUUCGGCCUGACACAGUACAGUGAUUACAUCUACUGGACUGAUUGGAACUUACACAGCAUCGAGCGGGCUGACAAGACCAGCGGCCGGAACCGCACCCUCAUCCAAGGCCACCUGGACUUUGUGAUGGACAUCCUGGUGUUCCACUCCUCUCGCCAGGAUGGCCUCAACGACUGCAUGCACAACAACGGCCAGUGCGGGCAGCUGUGCCUUGCCGUCCCCGGAGGCCACCGCUGUGGCUGCGCCUCACACUACACCCUGGACCCCAGUAGCCGCAACUGUAGCCCGCCCUCCACCUUCUUGCUGUUCAGCCAGAAAUGCGCCAUCAGCCGGAUGAUCCCUGAUGACCAGCACAGCCCAGACCUCAUCCUGCCUCUGCAUGGGCUGAGGAAUGUCAAGGCCAUCAACUAUGACCCUCUGGACAAAUUCAUCUACUGGGUGGAUGGCCGCCAAAACAUCAAGAGAGCCAAGGAUGAUGGAACCCAGCCCUCCGUCUUGACCUCAUCCGGCCAGAGCCUAAGCCCGGACAGGCAGCCCCAUGACCUCAGCAUCGAUAUCUACAGCCGGACACUGUUCUGGACGUGUGAGGCCACCAACACCAUCAAUGUCCACCGGCUGGACGGGGAUGCCAUGGGUGUGGUGCUUCGGGGAGAUCGGGACAAGCCAAGGGCCAUCGCUGUUAACGCCGAGCGAGGGUAUAUGUAUUUCACCAACAUGCAGGACCGUGCUGCCAAGAUCGAGCGUGCCGCCCUCGAUGGCACAGAGCGUGAGGUCCUCUUCACCACAGGCCUCAUCCGCCCUGUGGCCCUUGUGGUGGACAAUACACUGGGCAAGCUCUUCUGGGUGGAUGCCGACCUCAAGCGCAUUGAGAGCUGUGACCUGUCAGGGGCCAACCGCCUGACCCUGGAGGAUGCCAAUAUCGUGCAGCCCAUGGGCCUGACAGUGCUCGGCAGACACCUCUACUGGAUUGACCGCCAGCAGCAGAUGAUUGAGCGCGUGGAGAAGACCACUGGGGACAAGCGAACUCGUGUCCAGGGCCGAGUGGCCCACCUCACGGGCGUCCAUGCUGUGGAGGAAGUCAGCCUGGAGGAGUUCUCAUCCCACCCGUGUGCCCGAGACAACGGCGGCUGCUCCCACAUCUGCAUCGCCAAGGGUGAUGGAACACCAAGGUGCUCGUGCCCGAUCCACCUCGUGCUCCUACAGAACCUGCUGACCUGUGGUGAGCCUCCCACCUGCUCCCCUGACCAGUUUGCAUGUGCCACCGGGGAGAUUGACUGCAUCCCUGGGGCCUGGCGCUGUGACGGCUUCCCUGAGUGCGAUGACCAGAGCGACGAGGAAGGCUGCCCCGUGUGCUCAGCCUCCCAGUUCCUGUGCGCGCGCGGGCAGUGCGUGGACCUGCGUCUGCGCUGUGAUGGGGAGGCUGACUGCCAGGAUCGCUCGGAUGAGGCCGACUGCGAUGCCAUCUGCCUGCCCAACCAGUUCCGAUGUGCCAGUGGCCAGUGCGUCCUCAUUAAACAGCAGUGCGACUCCUUCCCUGACUGCGCUGAUGGCUCUGAUGAGCUCAUGUGUGAAAUAACCAGGCCGCCUUCUGACGACAGCCCAGCCCACAGCAGCGCCAUCGGGCCAGUCAUCGGCAUCAUCCUGUCGCUCUUCGUCAUGGGCGGGGUCUAUUUCGUCUGCCAGCGUGUGAUGUGUCAGCGCUACUCCGGGGCCAGCGGGCCCUUUCCACACGAGUAUGUCAGUGGGACCCCUCAUGUGCCUCUCAACUUCAUGGCCCCAGGCAGCACUCAGCACGGGCCUUUCCCAGGCAUCUCUUGCAGCAAGUCUAUGAUGAGCUCUGUAAGCCUGGUAGGGGGCCGGGGUGGCAUGCCCCUUUAUGACCGGAACCACGUCACCGGAGCCUCAUCCAGCAGUUCUUCCAGCACAAAGGCGACACUAUACCCACCGAUCCUGAACCCCCCGCCAUCCCCAGCCACCGAUCCCUCGUUGUACAAUAUGGACAUGUUCUACUCUUCAAACAUUCCGGCUGCCGCCAGACCAUACAGGCCCUACAUUAUUCGAGGCGUGGCACCCCCAACAACACCCUGCAGCACCGACGUGUGUGACAGUGACUACAGCACCAGCCGCUGGAAGACCAGCAAGUACUACCUGGAUUUGAACUCGGACUCAGAUCCCUACCCACCCCCGCCCACACCUCACAGCCAGUACCUGUCGGCAGAGGACAGCUGCCCGCCCUCGCCAGCCACCGAGCGGAGCUACUGCCACCUCUUCCCGCCCCCUCCGUCCCCCUGCACAGACUCAUCCUGACCUCGGCUGCCCACCCCGGCCUCGCUGCAUCCCCUGUAAAUAUUUUUAAAUAUGAACAAAGAAAAAAUAUAUUUUAUGAUUUAAAAAAAAUAAAUAUAAUUGGGAUUUAAAAAACA